UAUAAUAUUUGCAAUAUAAAUGGUUAAGAUAAAAUAGGAUAUGGAGAAAUAUAUCAUCAAUGGUCAAAUUGGUGAAGGAGCGCAAGGCUUAGUUUUGAAAGCACAUGAUGUGUCCAGGGAUCAGGAUGUGGCACUGAAGAAAAUCCUAAUUAAAAGAACUGAAGAUGGUCUACCCGCAUCCAUCAUACGCGAAGUGAAAAGUUUACAGCAACUCGAGCAUCCUUAUGUUGUUGCAUUAUUGGAUGCUUUCCCAAGUGGCUUGGAUUUUAUAAUGGUAUUUGAAUACAUGCCAUCAGGUUUAUGGGAAGUGUUGAGAGAUACUGACAUAUCCUUGACGCCGGCGCAAAUUAAAACAUAUAUGAAAAUGUUGUUGGAGGGUAUGGCAUAUGUACAUGGAAAACACAUAAUACACAGGGACUUAAAACCUGCAAAUCUAUUAAUUAGCGCAGAAGGUAUCUUGAAAAUCGCAGAUUUUGGCUUAAGUAGAUUGAUGUGGAAGGAUAGUACGAAAGCGUAUUCGCAUCAGGUCGCCACAAGAUGGUACCGAGCACCGGAAUUGCUUUAUGGAGCGCGAUAUUACACAUCCGCAAUCGACAUGUGGUCAAUUGGCUGCAUAUUUGGCGAGAUGUUAAACACUUCUCCAUUAUUUCCAGGUGAAACUGACAUUGAACAGCUAGCUAUAGUUUUGAAGUAUUUAGGCUCUCCUACAUCUGAAUCGUGGCCUGAAUUGGCUUCAUUACCAGACUACAAUAAAAUUAGUUUUCCUUAUCACAAAAGUACAUCAUGGGAGAGUAUUAUUCAAGACGCCCAACCAGAAGCUACCGAUUUAAUCAGGCAAAUUUUGAUUUACAAUUCAUCAAAACGUCUGACAGCUGAGCAGGCAUUAUGUCACAUAUAUUUUUACUCCAAACCUUAUCCAUCAAUGAAGCAUCUAAUAAAGCUACCACAGGAUCAUCGUUUACGUGUAAAACCAAAAGAAAUCAAUCCAAAUGUCCAAGCAACGACACUUUUCGAAAAUCUUCUAAGUAUCAUGUAAUAAUGUUGUAUAUAUGCUGUAUGUUAAUGAUAUAUGAUCUAUAUGAAAGAUAUACACAUAGAAAAAAUUAAAAAUCCAUCAAUGGCUUCAGUUAACUUAA